AUAGUCGAUAGUUUUGUGCAAUCGUUACACUGAACUGUAACAAACAGAAUAAAAACAAAGAAUAAGCUUUGCGGAUUUUUGAUAAUUGUUUAUAUAGUGUAAUAGCACAAUUGUUGCGAUGUCACGUCGCAGCCAAGACAUACCGAUACGCCCACGCUACGGUUACAGCGAAGAGGCUGACGGCGAGGAUGCCACCACCAGCCACAAGCAGCGAAAUAAUGCCUGCACACCUGCUUCCUACUCCGAGAUACCUUUUCUGGCCCAAUACGCAGGUGCUGUGCCUGAUUAUGUGCUUCAGGAUCUAACACCUACAGCUGGCAAGGUGCCACCAGCAGGGAACGAUAGCUACACGAACUUGGAUUCAGGCGAGGAUGAGAACGAGGAAGAGGAGGAGGACGAGGACGAGGAUCCCAGCAAUAGCAACUCGAAGGAUUCGAAAGACAGCUCCAACGAGCUGAGCAAGCACAGCAGUCGUCCACAGGCGACUCAGUCCAGCUUUCCCUAUGAGCUCGAAGGCGCAUUGGCUUCCAGCUCGGGGGCCAUGCAUCAUUUUGUUGCCCACAAUCUGGAGUCAAAGCUGCGCGCUGCCACGGAACAUAGCAACAACUUAGACUCGGCACCCAUCUCCAGAUUUCUGCAAUCGCGGAAUGUGCCUGAAGUCGAUGGCAACGUCCUCAGUGAUAUCGAGCUGGAGGCGCAAUAUCUAGCGUCAUCUGUGGAUAAUCUAAUCGAAAACUUGGGCAAUCUAUUGCACUCUAUUAGCAGCAUCACUGCCGACAAUGUCGAGGUACACAAAAAUGCAGUAAAGAAGCUUACAGAUGCCCUGGAUGCGAAUAUCAAGUGUCAAUAUCAGCUCUUAGCUAAGACGGAGGAAAUAACCAAGUCGAUGCGACCCACCGAGCAGCUCAGUGUGCGCAUUCGCGAGAUCAAGCGACUCGUAGAUAUGCUGGACAAUUCAAUGUAGGAGGAAGUCAGCGGCGGGAUUGGAGGUGUGGAGCUCGCUGCUGCAUUUGAGCAGGAAUUGAAUACGCCCUGUGCUUUUCUUUAAGCCUUAGCAUUCCAAUUUGUUACUAUGCUAGUCAUUUUAUUAUAUUCAAUUAGUUUAAAUCAAAAACAUUAGUAUUAAAGACUAUCAAAUUUUAAAACGAGCGCCAAUUUGAGAAAUCGAUAAUAAAUCGAUAAGGACAGGAUUUUU